UUCAUAACAUUCAAAAGCUUCAACUUCACCAAAGAAUCAAUUCAAUUUCAAAGAAAGAAAAAGUAUAGGGAGAAAAAUGGCCUGUUGGUCAGCUGAAAGUGCAACCAAAGCCUAUCUCAGAGCAAUAAAAAUGGGAAAGAGUGCUAAAGAACCAAAUGUAUCAGAAUUCAUCUCAGCACUUGUUGCAGGAAACAAUGCACAACUGAUGGUCGUCGCAUGUGCUGAUGCAUCCGAUUCCACCACGCUAGCCCUUGUGGCUGCAGCCCAACAAACAGGUGGCAGAGUGAUUUGCAUCCUUCGCGAAUUUGACAAACUAAACACAUCAAUAGAAUUUCUAAGCCAUAACGCGAGGCAUGUUGAGUUUGUAAUCGGAGAUGCUAAGACGCUACUAGUAAAUGACUACAGAAGAGCGGAUUGCAUAGUAAUCGACUGCAACCUCAACAACUGUGAAGGCAUUCUUAAAACAGCACGAAGAACCGGGGAAAAUAAUGCUAUUGUUUUGGGGUACAACGCAUUGCGAAUGGGGUCAUGGAGAUGUGACAGCUUUAAUGCUCAUUUGUUACCCAUAGGAGAAGGGUUAUUGGUCACUAGAAUGACACAAAAAGACAGUGAUUUUGGCGUUUCAGGGAAAAAGAGUCGAUGGAUUGUUAAAGUAGAUAAAUGCACAGGGGAAGAACAUGUAUUCAGGGUCAGAUCUUCACAUGGAAAACCUCUUGAAGCAUAAGUUUUGAUAUAGUGAUAAUAGAUAAAGUAUACAAUACUUUUCCACCAUCUGAAAUAAUAAGCAGAGAUUUUGAUUCUUUUAUUCUUAGCAGGCUGUGUAUUUUGAACUGUAAAUACAAGAGAUUUAAUCGUGUUAAUAGUAGCAUAUAGUUGGCUGAUUCCUAUUGUUGAUUUCGUUGAUGAUCGAUUGUCAAGAGUCAAAAUUUUGAGUUUCUUUCAUACAUCAUAAUGUAGUUAAAACAGUCACACCGGGGCCAUCUCCACCAAGUGCCAAUGAGAACAUAUACUUACUGUCAUAAUAGAAAUCAGUGUGAGAAAAUUUUAACCUGAAUGAUCAGAGGACAAUACUGUCCCAAAUUCUGCACAAUCUCGGAUGUAAGCAAUUUUCAUUUUCUGAUCUGCUAAAAAAUUGAUAUGGCUAGGAUCCUGAAACAUUAUAAGAAAUCUAAUUUCAUUUUAAAAGAAGAACUCAAUCCAUCGAUGUCUCUAAAAUUUUGCAAUAUUUCUCUUGCAAUAAUCAAGAAUUCGACUAGUAGUCACUGCACAGAAGCACUUGAUUACUUUUUUCUCGGGCUAAAUUCUAACGAGAGUAUGCAAAAUGAUAGUUCAGUUCCCAUACUAACCGUUUGGUGAACAACUUCAGCUGGCACUGGCGAAUUCUCAUCAAGUUGCCUAUGUAACCAGCCAAAACGCUCUUUUUUUCACUUUUUGGUACAUGGGGAAGGGGACGGUGAAAAAUGACUUACGCUUGUUGUAUAGAAGAGAAGAGAAAACUUAGGUGUUAUGCAAGAAUGGCUUUAGAGGUGGAUGGUUUUGAACUUUUGAUCCUGUUUGCCAAAUGGACAAAACUUCAAGUAUAACAAGUUUUGACUUGUUACCUUGACGGCUCACCCAUGGGACAAGUUGGGGUAAAAAAUUCACGACCACUUAUUUCCAAG